AUCUUAGAAAUGGCGGAUGAAAACGAAACCGUUUCAAAAGCAGUUAAAGGGGCCUUGGAGCAAAUCCAGAAGAACGCUCCCGAAGAGUUUUCUAAGAUGGACGCCGAUCCGAAAGUGAGAGAUGCUGUUACUGAAGCAGCCAGAGCAGCAGCCACCGAGGAAGUUAAACUCGCCCAUGAGUUCAGUUCUCGACCUGCCCAAGACAUCCGCGAAAGGCUUGCCAAGUACUUACCUGAGGACCGGAUCAAGUUAAUAGAAAAAGCGCUCAGCAUCCCAACAUUUCGCAUGGAAAUAACCCAGAAGAGCGACGGCGAAUAUUUGGUGCAGACGACAAGGGGAGGCAAGGAAUUCCUGCCUGGAAAAGAGCUUAAAACAGUUGCAAACAUCGAGUCGGCAAGCAUCCUACAGGAAGCCAGUAUUCUAGUUGAGGCUAUACUUCUCGUCAUGAGCGCAGUAGGGUUAGAGGUGUCUCCGAGCGAGAGUACCAUGCAGGCCACAGUUGAAGACACUGUAAACGCAAUUGAGAGGUCUUCAGCGUUACAGAGGGCGAUUGCGAAGUUCAUAUCUUCAUGGGACGCAGCUGGAGGCAAUGCAUUAAAUAAGGCUAAGGCCAUCUUCGUCCUCCUUAAGGAAAGCUACGCAGCUGGAAUCCUGUGGACCAUCAUCAAGAGCUUGUGCAAAGAGAUGAAAUGGUACGACUGGCUUGAGACUUCUGCUAAGGUGACCGCCAUGAUCAUUGCCGCUUUGGCUACUGAUGGUGCAGCGCUGAUAGCAAAGAUUGCCUUGAUUGUCUUGUCGGCCGUUGAUUUUGCAAGGAAAAUCGCCAAUCUGGUGAAUCUCGAGCAAAUAAAGCAAACUCUGUAGGAAGCACUUAACCAUAAUAGUACCAGUGUGCUUAUUGAAAAAGGUUUUACCCUGCCUGAAACAGUUUAAUUUGUCACGUAAAUCAGUAGCGAUUCGCGCUAGACACUGAAAGACCUGAUUGCUUAGUUAUGACUUGGAUUAGACUGCAGACAGCUUAUAAAGUUGUUGCUAGGGACAAUUAUGGUUAGCGUUUUUACUAUUAAUACUGUGAAGGUUUUUCUUAAAUCUUCUGCUCAACCAGUGACUUCACUUAAGGUUUAAAGUUACCAUUAUCAUCGUAACGUGCAACUUUUUAAGUCUUGUUUACUUCAAUGAAUUAAAUUGUGGAAAUGAAUAUCUGCUUGUCGGCUGGGCAAUUCACAGAGAUUUGUUUGAUCUUACCCACCCGUUCAUGUCCCUCGUAGCAAGCGGUCACAGAGGAAAAAUACCGAGAAAAGCUACAACUCUUGGAUUGGGUGUUGUAAAAUAUCCAACAUGUAAGAUUGAAAACAAACAUCAACAUGCAAAACAAAUUUUGUUUCCACUGGCAUAAAACGAUGUUAUAAGAGGCACAACAGUCUAUGUAAGCAUGAAUUCUGACAUUUCUUUCGAAAUCAUCAUUUUGAAAAUAGUUAUUAUGUUUUGAAUACGCCUAGCGUUGACGUCAAAGUUUCUAUUCGAUCGAAACGCUUCUAUGCGCGGCAAUACAAUGUAUGACAUAUUUAAAGUUUAGUUCAAAAUUUAAAACUUUGAAAACUGGCUCUUAAUCUUGAAUGGCAAUAAGUAAACUAAUAUAUUGUAUAGGGAUAUAAUAUUAAAAUUAGUUGGGGGCGGGGUGGGGGGGAAGAACACUCAAAAAGUAUACGUGCAAAGGAAAGUUGCGCUAAAAGUCGUGCACAGCGAGCAACCCAGAAAACAUUUCCUGCAUUACAGGACAGACAAAAUCUUUUAAAACCAAGAGAAACGAAUUUAUGCAGCC